AUUUGAUCAAUAAACUCUCGGCCACACUGCAUCCGAACGUGUGUGCGCGCUUUAGAUUUUUUUUCCCUGCAUUUGCAUAUGAAAAUUGUACUAGAUUCGUAGAAAAAUUAAACUAGCGAAGUGCGUGAAGUACCCGAGGUAGAAUCAGAGUGGGCCAUCUUAUAGCAGAGAAAAUUGCAUUGUUCUAGGCAGGAAAUCCACGUUGAUCGUCGUUUUUUUUGUACGCAAAAGCACGGAAUUUAUGUUUGCCACCACUACAACUACAACGACAACAAGGUGAAGGCAAAACCAGGACAAGCAGCGCGCAAAAACGCACAAAAGAAUUAAGGAGAAAUACCGAAAAACAGACACGAAGUUGCAAUUUUCUACAGUGGAGUCCAUACAAACAGCAGCCAUGAGCAAACCAAACUACGAGCUUCCGCUGACCAUUGAUCCGGAGCAUGAGUUGCGUUUUGUGGGUCCCUUUAAUCGGUCUGUCGUCACAAUCAUGACCCUACGCAAUAACUCGUCUGCGCCACUGGUUUUUAAGAUCAAGACAACCGCACCAAAGCGCUACUGUGUACGUCCAAACAUUGGCAAGAUCCUGCCUUUUCGGUCGACCCAGGUGGAAAUCUGCCUGCAGCCCUUCAUGUACGAUCAGCAGGAGAAGAACAAGCACAAGUUCAUGGUGCAAAGCGUCCUCGCACCGGUGGAUGCUGAUCUGACCGAUUUGAAUAAAUUGUGGAAGGAGCUGGAGCCGCAGCAGCUAAUGGAUGCCAAGCUGAAAUGCGUUUUCGAGAUGCCCAGUGCCGAGGCAAAUGCAGAGAAUACUAGCGGCAUUUCCGUGGGUGUUGGAUCCGGCAGCGCCGGCGGAGGCAGUGCGGGCACCAAUGUACCCGCCAUCACCGAGGGCGCUAAGUCAGAGACGAAGCUGUCUAGCGAUGAGAAGGUGUGUUUCGUGCCGCUCUCAAAGAAUAUAUUUAAUCCAAUCUUUGUUUUAAAGACCGCAAAUUCGACCGAUGCCACUGAGUAUGAUUUGUCCGGUGAGAUGAAGGCGCUGAUGGAGUCCAACACUGACCUACGAAAAGAGAAUCUACACUUGAAGGAUCAAAUCGCACGCUACCGCAGCUCAGCGGCCCUCAAGCAGCCGAACGAGCCCUAUGCCCCAGUGCUAGCUGAGAAACAGAUUCCGGUCUUUUAUAUUGCAAUUGCCAUUGCUGCGGCCAUACUGGGCCUCUUACUGGGUAAAUUCUUGCUCUGAAUGCCAUAAAGUAUCCCACAUGCAGCAGAAUCACUAACAACUACUACAGAAAACAAAAAACAAAAAAACAACAAAGAGAACAGCAGCAGAAGCAGUAGCACCAUCAAACCGCAACAAGACGCAAUAGCAGUAAUAACAACGAACUAACCCAGAAUCAGAAGCAAAAGCAAACGGGAGAGGCGACACAAAAAGAUACAAAAACCAUCAGAUAAGCAGCAGAAGGGGAAACUAGCCCUCGAGGCUGAAUGAGAUAAAAGAGCUGCGCUCGAACAGAAAGUAAAAGCUUCGCUAAUGAAGCUAUUAAGUCUUAAAGUGAUUCAAAAAACAAAACACUACAACAACCAGUUUAAUCCAAAAAGUGCAUUGCUCAGAUUUUCCAUUGCAUUUUUUUCAUUUUUUUUUUUAAACUAAUUUUACUAUAUUCUUUAUGAUAACGUUUAUCUUACGUCUAAAGUGAAAAGCCGCAUCUUUUAUAUUCUUUCAAUUAUGUAAUCAAUCAGACAUUAUUUUUAAAUCUAAAUCUUAUUAAGCAAAAAAAAAAACUUUCGACAAAAAGCAAAGACAAACCAAUCAUUGUUAAUGAAGUAAACAAUUUCAGUUUUAUGUUUAAUUGAGUUUGUUAUUUGCUUUGACAAAACUUGGAUAAAUUUAAUUGUUAAAGCAAACACUAGGAAGAAGCUUAACUAAGGAAACCACGAGCAAAAUGCAUUACAAAAAGUCAGAAAAACGCUUUGAAAAAUCAUAUAAAUAAUAAAAGAAUGUCACGAAAAAAAAAGAAAACUGCUCUGCCAGGCCACCGCCGCUCUCUAUAAAGGACAGUUUGCUUCACCCGCUAUCCAACACUGUCUCUCCCCCUAUCACCAUCCAUCCCCAUCUGCAUCCCCAUCCCCAUCCACCCACUAACACCCAUAAAAAGGGAAUUAUAUAAAAAGAAGAUAUAUAAGGACCAUAAGUUAUAUUUUUCGGCUGGCAUUUUGCAUUUAAGUAGUUUGUUUUUAGUCAUUUCAAUGAUUCAACCUGCAGUCCCAUACAUCCAAAUUAAACUCUAAAAAUGUAUUGCUAUAUAUAUUUAUAUAUAUAUAUAUAUAUGUUUGGAUACUUAAAUAUAUAGAUUGAUGAGAAGAGUUUAUGUAAGCAAAAAAUCAACUCAACUGAGUAGCUAAAUUGGAAGAAACCAACCCCCCACAUUUUAUAAAACACCACAAUUCAGAAGAUAAUUUGCGAGAAAAUCUAGAAAAAAUAUAUGAGCAUACACUUACGAUCUACAUGUAUCACAUAUUAUAUGAAAUAUGUCUGAAGAUUAAUUAAAGCAAUUCCAGAAACUGUAUACAUGAUAUGUAUGUACCCGGCGUAUGGAUAAUUGUAAGGUCUACAUGGGUCUCAUACAAAUCAGCAAAAUCAAUCAUCAUUUUAUAAAACAUUUGACAGAGGAAACGUAAAACAAAUUUGGAAUAUUUUGUAUUUUUUUUGAUUGCGCCACUCCCGGCAACCCCCUCACAAACAACCCUUCUUUCGCCACAACCCCCUAGGCAUGUAAAAACAAAACGGGAAAAACAAAGCUGAAGAGAAAGAAGAGCAAGCUCUCUUUGAUUUGUUUUAGAACAUAUAUUUCCUUAUUCUUCAUUGCGAUUGUUUUUUGGUUGUUUUUUUUUUUUUUUAAUUUUUGUUUAACAUUUUGCAAAGCAUUGAAAGGGUAUAUAGAUUUAUAUAUAAAUACAUACAUACGAGUAUAUACACAUGCGUGCAUGAACGCUGUAUUUUCAUAGACAUGUGGAAAUCGUAUUUAAAUGUUUAAACUAGAAAUACAGAACAAAAAAGAAAACCUAUAAAUAAAUAUAAUGAUAAACGAAACAGAAAUGAAAAUGAAAUGAGAAAAUAACAAACGAGGAGAAAACACACAAAAAAGAAGAAAAAAAAUAUAAGCAAAUCAUAAGCAAAAUGUACUUGAUGUCAGCUGUAGCAAAAGAAAAAUACAACAUAUAUAUACA